AUGAAAGCUAUCGUGAUUCCACACCGACCCUGCGCACCCGAGGAGCUCCUCAUCAAGGACGUCCCCGACCCCACCCCUACCCCAGGCAUGACCACGAUCGCUGUGCGCGCCUUCGGCAUCAACCACGCCGAGAUGCACAUGCGGCGCGGCGAAUGGGCCGAAUCAACCGCCGUCUCAGGCAUUGAGUGCGUCGGCGUCGUGCACGCCUGUCCCGACGGCACGUUUCCUCCUGGCGCCAAAGUUGCGGCCGUCAUGGGUGGGUUGGGCCGCACCAUCAACGGCACCUACGCUCAGUACACGAACGCACCGUCUGCGAACGUCGUACAGAUCGCUGGCCCGGGCGGAGAGUUGGGAAUGUCGUGGCAGGAUCUGGCUGCGCUGCCGGAGAGCUAUGCCACAGCCUGGACGGUGCUCAUGCGCAACUUGGAGAUCAAGGAGGGCGACAAGGUAUUGAUCCGCGGCGCUACGAGCGCGCUGGGUACCGCAGCCGUGCAGCUGGCGGUGCGUCAGGUAGGCGCGAAAGUCUGGGCGACGACCCGACGGCAAGAGGGCGUGGCAGAGCUCAUGGCACGGGGAGUGGUUGGCGUCGACCUCGAGGAUCCUAACCUAUCACAAAAGCUGCGAGCAAAGGGCCAAGUCUUUGACAAAGUCCUUGACCUCAUCGGCAACACCGUCCUGCUCGACUCACUCAAGAUCCCACGUCGCGGUGGGCGCGUGUGCAUCGCGGGCUUCCUUGGCGGGUUGGCUCCCCUCGAAUUCAACCCCUUGACGCAGAUGGCUUCUGGUGUGCAACUGAGCUUCUUUGGCAGCUUUGUCUUCGGCGACGAAGGCUUCCCCUUGAGCGAUGUGCCACUCCGGGCCAUCAUUGGGGACGUUGCGAGCGGCAAGUGGGACGCGAAGCCGAGCAGGGUCUUCCCUUUCGAGAAGGUUGGCGAUGCACAUAAGCAUAUGGAGGAUGGAACGGCUGGUGGCAAGAUGGUAGUCACUGUCUCUGUCUGA